AUGGAAAUUGCUGGUGUAGCAGGAGCAAUCGCAACUGGCCAAGCAGUCCAUAACGCCGCCGCUGCACGCGAAGGAGCAGCUGCCCUCGCAGUGUCCAAUACUGCCAAUGAUUUGGGCAAGGCUACAGCAACAGUCGACGCCAUGGGUCCAGCCAAGCUGCAAAGGACGACCUCAUCCCCCGGCGAUCUAGAGCUAUUCAAGAGCGAUAUUCAUCGAAGUGACGACAUUGAAUUCCAGGAUGCACAUAGUGACUUCCCCGGCCACAAAAAAACCCUUUCACUCGAUAACAGUUUGACCCAAAAUCCCAAAACCCUUGAAUCCCAAGGAAGCACGUUCGAGUACGCCGUUAACAAGAAUGAGGACCUUGUCAAGCCUCCCUUUCUUCACAAACACAAAGCCAAGCAGCUUUCAACUGGGCACGAUACAUUAGAUCCCAACGGGGCUUCAACAUCGCACUCUACUCAGCAAAAGCCGAAUGAAGUUUUCCGUCCACCGACUGAGACCACUCCAAACCCGGCCCCACCCCAGCCCGAACUGAACAAGGGAGACGUGCAAAACCCACAUGCGCCAGGCCAACCUGAAAUUUCCAACGCGCCAAAAGCACUAGAUCAGUCCGCCGAUCCAAACAGACUUCAAGGCUUAGAUUCCAACCCCGCCAAAGAAUACGGCAAGUCCAAGUCCGCCCUUGUAACGGGCGAGCCUACCCACCCGGCAGACUUUCAACGAUUUAAUUCGUUAAGACCGACCGAUCAAUACACCCCCGUGAACAAAGUGGAGUUGGCCAACUCUGCCAAAGCAUUAGAACAGACCCCGAAACCUGCUGGUGUCCCUCUCAAUCCCGAAGCAGCCACUGUGAAGCCUAGCACACGUGAAUUAUUCCGUCAACAGUGGAAAGACACCUAUCAACCCCGUUACAAAAAAUUCAUCUCCCUAUUCGUCAGGAAACGAACCUCGAAACCCACUGGCGUAGAAGUAGCCAAGAUGGAAGUCCCGCGGGAGACUCCCAAAUCGUUGACGCAUGAUUCAGCACCACGCCCCCCUUCAACUGAGCAAGUACCAAGGCCAUCCACGGAAACGCCCAACGAUCUCUCUGCUGCACCAUCAAAUCACCUGUCCACUGAGACGCCAAAGCCAGUCAAUCCAGCAGAUCCCAAGGCCAUCUCAGCUGAGGCAGAAAAGGCGGCCCCGCGUACUUGGAGGCAGUAUUUCGCCGAAAAGCACAAAGAAUUCAAAUCCCAGAUUGUGGCAGCAAAACCAGCUACUGAAACGGCCUCCACAGCUUCCCGUGCAGCACCUGAGACCCUAGAGUCGGUGGAACAGACAAAGUCGCCAAUAAGGAAGAUUUGGGAAAAAUUCUUCUCUCAAAAAGCACCGAAUAAAGAACAAACUAAAGCAUCAAGAUUCGCUGCCUUCAAGCGGUACUUUACUGGUGACUACUGGAAGAAACUCGCCUUCUGGAGAAAACCCGCGAACCUCCGCAAACCAGCUGCACCAACUGAUGCUCAAGUCGCCCCAGAAGCGACCCAGCACGCCGCCUGA